AGUCUGACCACAGACACUCAGACAGAGAUGUGGAGACUAGUGUUGGCGGUUCUGCUGUUUUGGACAUGGACAACCUCAGCACUGGUCAGGGUCCCUCUGAAGCAGAUGCGUUCACUUCGAACAGAACUGAGAGCCGUGGGCCUGUUAGAUCAGGUCCUCAAAGAAAAUCACCCUGACACAUACAACCGGCGCUACGUUCAGUGUUUCCCACCCGGACUCACUUCGCUGAGCCUCGGACGCUCCUCUGAGAAGAUCUAUAACUAUAUGGAUGCUCAGUUCUAUGGUGACAUCAGUUUGGGGACUCCACAGCAGAACUUCUCUGUGAUUUUUGACACUGGCUCGUCCGACCUGUGGGUUCCAUCGUUCUACUGUGUCAGCCAGGCCUGUGCUGGGCACAAACAUUUCAAGGCAUUUGAGUCAACUUCAUAUAAUCCUGACGGUCAUGUAUUUGGGAUUCAAUAUGCAAUGGGACACCUGAUGGGAGUCACUGCCGUAGACACUCUGACGAUCGGGAAUCUGACUAUAUUAAAUCAGAAGUUUGGUGAAUCCGUUUAUGAACCUGGUUCUGUCUUCGUGCUGACAAAGUUUGAUGGAGUGUUGGGGUUGGCAUACCCAUCCCUGGGACAAAUCCCAGGCAACCCUUUUUUUGACAACUUGAUGGUACAGAAGAAGGUGGAUGAGGCAGUCUUCUCCUUCUACCUCAGCAGAACAUCGACAAAUGGAGACAACACAGAGGGCGAACUCUUGAUUGGUGGAAUAGAUGAGACGUUGUAUAGCGGGCCUAUCCAUUGGGUUCCUGUGACUGUUAAAGGAUAUUGGCAGUUAAAGAUGGACAGGGUAGAUGUACAGGGCAUGAAUUCAUUCUGUUCUAACAGCUGCCAAGCAAUUGUUGAUACAGGAUCCUCCCUUAUCGGUGGACCAACCCAUGCUAUACUCACCCUCCAGCAGUUGAUUGGGGCAACUCCCACAAAUAUUGGAGAGUUUCUUAUAGACUGUGCUAGAUUGUCCAGUUUGCCUCAAGUGACAUUUGUGCUGGGAGGAGCAGAGUUCACACUGACCAGUGCACAUUAUGUUCGGAGGGAGAUGCUUGCUGACAAAGUAGUGUGCUUCAGUGGUUUCCAAGCCAUUGAUGUUGAUUCCUCUGAGGGCCCUCUGUGGAUUCUGGGAGAUGUAUUUCUGAGAGAGUACUACAGCGUCUUUGACAGAGAACAUGACCGGGUUGGGUUUGCAACCGCUGUACACCCAAGCGAACAGUGAUCUGCUGACAGAUGUCUGAUUAAUAAACGCAUCAAUAAAAAAAACUCAAGCAUGUGCGGUUAUUUAAAAGGCACCUGUUACCCAUGGUGACAUUAUCUAUCAUUGUUUUAAUAAAAAAGAGUGUAUGGGUUACUUUACAUAUAUCAUACAUCUGGUUCUAGAACAAGAUUUUCUAUAAACUAUAAGUUCUUUUCAGUUACCCUGU